CUGAACUGAGCAACGGAAGCCUGCUGCAGUCAGUUGUAUAACAACAAUGCAGCGCUAAGUUAUGUUUGAUAUCAACCAGGUUAUUUAAGCCACAAGUGAUUUUAUGGUGAUCGCUAACGGGCAAGUAUGGACCUCUCCGAGUCCUGCGGAGCGGAUGCUCCUGAACCUUUGCCAGACAAGAGCCCCAAACCUGAACUUUCUGCCGCGAUGCGAGCUAAAAUCGAGAGGAACCGGCAGCGAGCGCUGAUGCUACGGCAAGCACGACUAGCGAGCCGCCCUUUGUCCGCUGUGGAGGGAGCUAAUUCGGCCAAAGUUUCUAAAACCAUCGACUCCGGUGCUGGCUUCUUCAUCGAGGAGGAGGAAGGAGACGGAGAGCAGAAGGUCAAGCAAGUGAUUCACCAGCCAGCCCCAGUGAUUGAACCAGACUACCUGCUGUGUGAUGACUGUCAGAAACCCUUCAUGGAUUCUUUCCUCAGCAACACCUUUGAUCUAUCUGUGUGUGACAAGUGCAGAGACAACGAGGAGAAGCACAAGCUGAUCUCCAGAACGGAGGCAAAGCAGCGCUUCCUGCUGAAGGACUGUGACCUAGACAAGAGGGAGCCUCCCCUCCGGUUCAUUCUGAAGAAAAACCCUCACAACUCCCGCUGGGGAGACAUGAAGCUCUACCUCCUGCUGCAGGUAGAGAAAAGGUGUAUGGAGGUUUGGGGUUCAGAGGAGGCCUUGGAGGAGGCUAAAGAGACCAGGGAAGAAAACAAAGAGGCAAAGAAACAAAAGCGUUUCAACAAGAAGGUCAAAGAGCUACGCAGGGCGGUGAGGAGCAGCAUGUGGACCAAAGACACCAGCGUACACCAACAUCAGUACGGACCAGAGGAGGUGGUGGACCCAGAGGAUGAUCUAUACAAGAAAACCUGCACCAGCUGUGGACAUGAACUCACAUAUGAGAAGAUGUAGACCUGCACAGGAAGAAACGGUCGGGGAACUCAUCCUCUAAAUGGGACUUCUGGACUGGGAACAAAUCAUUUCACCAGUUUUUACAGCCCUCCAUGCUGAUCUUAGACAAGAGGUCAAAGGUCAUCCAGUAAUCUGAUGUUUUACUCCUCCCAGCCCUGAUGCUGAAUUCGUUCUGCAGAUAUUUUUAGCUGAUUGCUUAUUGGGGUCCGUGGAGUUUCUCUGAGAAAUUUAAAGGAAAAGAGACGCCUUCUGACUUGCAUCAGACUUCCUGCUUGCUUCAGUGGAAAUCACAUUCAGAGGGAAUCAUGGGAAAUGCCUUUCAGAGGCGUGAAAUGCAGCUAUAAAAUCCAGGAAACUCUGGUAGUAGGUUUUGUUGUGUCAUCACGAUUAAUAAUAAUAAUAAUGUGCAAUCACAUUUACUCCUAUGUAAUUUGAUAUCAGAAUAAACUGAUGUGAGUGGGUCAAGAUCUGUGAAAACUGUCUAUUGAGCAUAGUUUUUAAAAACCAGUAUAACUAUUUUAUAACAGAUGUGAAGAAGAAAAAAAUUCUAAGAAUUUGUGCAGUUUUUUUCUUCUUAAAAAUUAGAUUAAAAGUUGAAAUAUUUCCCAAAGUGUAUAGUGUAAAAGUUUUGUUGCAUUAAAGUUUUAUUGUUUUUAUUUA